AUGGAGGGCACGCUCUUCAUCCUCACGUUCAUCCUACAACUUGUCAUUGCCGUGACCGAUGUGUCGUCCUGUUCCUGCGGCUUCGCCGACUCCAAAACCGGUGCCAUCUGGACCGAUGCACUAAUCGCGUAUGCAAACGAGACAGGAGAGUUACCCGAAAGGUCGUUGAUCGCAGAGGACUUCCAGAAUCCGUACGAAAAGAAUUGGAACGCGCGCUAUAGAGCUGGCGCAAAACCGUCUAAUUUGGGACAUGAAGAGUCGACAAGAUCAGGUUGGAAUGGCACAGCAUGGACACUCAAGAUUGACCCGCCCACCAAAGAUCACAUCGUGCUCGGAGCCUCCCUGCGGUCGAUUCGACGCGACAUCCAAUAUGGCACCUUUGAAGCUGCCCUAGGCGCACCGAAACCGGGCGUCGGCGGAAGCAUAUUUGCCAUGCGACUUGACUACAACGAGACGCAGACGGUGAACUUGAAUGUGAUGAACGCGGAUGCGCCAAAGGAUGCUUGGACUUCGUUCAUGAUCUACGGCGACUGGAGAGGAACGCGUUCCAAAGGCGUCAACUUCAGUGACUUCGGCAACAGGACCUAUGGCUUUCAAGACUCUCCGUGGGGUUUCGUUCCGUACCGGAUCGACUGGAACAAUGCAACGGACAUUGACUUCUUCAUUGGCGAUGCGCUGGCGCGUUCGAUCCGCUCCAAGGGCGUUGCGAAGCCGCUUCCCGUCACACCGAUGACACUGCGCAUCCAGCACUCCUCCAUCGGCGAUAUGUACACCUCCGAGGGACCACCACCAGACGGGUCCGAUGCGCGUGUGGGUAUGCUGAGGGCCUUCUUCAACUCGUCCAGCAUGACUUCAGAUGACCAUGACGCUUUUGACAAGCGCUGCCACCUAGCGCCGGCGUGUCUUGUUUCCGACACAUCACUUAGAGGAGCCUCCAACUUCACGCUUGCAGCAUCGCGACCGUGGGAGCACAAGACAAUUGAUUACAAGAAGCGAUGGCCUGCCAUCUUCGUGGUAUCUAUUUCUGCGGCCAUUUCGACAAUUCUUUUGGCGCACGCAACCUCCAAGCGGGCGCCGUGGAAGCCCAAAGAAGCCGCCACUACAACCAUAAGCAGCGCCGACCCUCCAGUUGCGCCAACUGCGAUUAGUAGCGGGCGGACAUCGAGGGACCUGUCAACUCCUCCUUCUUUCAUAUAUUCUGAACACGAUGCAUUGGCGUUCACUGUCCAGAUGCCCGGUAUGGGGACGCCAGGACAGGCAACGCCCGGCUCCGUCACACCGCGCGCCUCUAUGCCCACUGGCUCAUCGCACGGAUCAUCUCAGGUAUUCUGGGCACUCUCACGCGACUCGCUGGACAUCUGCAAAGUCGAUGAAAAGAAGCAAGCUGGUAGUCAGAUCGUCGCGCCCUGUGUGGAAAUUGGUAAAUAUGCCGAGAAGAAGCAAGUUGAAGUCACGGUCAAGGAGAUUGGCGAAAUGAAGCAUCCCGUUACCAAUCACGCCACGCUUGCGAACGCAAAGCCACCCAUCACGGCAGCUAAGCAGCGUGUCGACUACCUUGCCGGCUUGGUUGCUUUAGCUUCAAUUCUGGUGACGCUGAUCCACUUUGCCUUGACGUUCCUUCCGGCCACUGAGAUCCCAUAUACUCAUGCUCACUACGAAAGCGAGAUCUGGGCACUCAAGAUCGUGACGCCAUAUUUGUUGACUUUCAGCUGGAUCGGGCCCUUCUUCACCUCCUCUACUCGUUUCUUGAUCGCUAGCUACCUCAAGUCGGGUAAUCUCAAAGGUAUAGCAGAAAAGACGGUCGGCCGGACGCCUCGUCUGAUCAUUCCCUGUGCUGCCAUCGCCGCUCUCGAGUACUUCUGCAUGCAAGUCGGGGCCACAAACUGGCUCGAAUACCUGCCGUCUGUCACUUGGUCGACAUGGCCGUAUACUGCCGGCUAUGUGACGUUUGGACACUUCCUCAGCGAGAUUCUCGAGUUGAUGUACAUCAUCCCGAAUGCGGUCCCUCAGAUCACCUUCAACUAUUGCAUUGGUGUUCUCUGGACCAUUCCUGUCCAGCUACAGAACUCUUGGCUCUCCCUUUUGGCAGUCAUAGUCAUUCGCGAGAUCAAGGCGCCCUGGAAACGCAUGGGCUACUACGCCUUUUGCAUCCUCAUGCAUUACUACGCUAUGUCAUGGGGUACCUUCUUCUGGGUUGGCCUGCUCAUCGCGGAUCUCGACCUAACCUACAAGUGGAAAGAAUGGCUGUAUAGCCGUCCAUGGGUGUAUUACCCGUUCCUUACCUUUGUUGCUCUCCUGGCUGUCGGAAGUCCCUCGAUUGAUCUCGUCGGCAUGUGGAAGGCAAACUGGAACUUCAAUACGCUCGAAUUCGGCAUUCAUCCGCAUCAGCGCACCGGUCACGCGGUGCGCGACUCUUCCGACUAUGGGUAUCCCGCCUACUAUCUUCCACGUCUCACAGCUCUCACCUUCUCCAUCGGCUUCCAUCUCCUCGUGGAGCUUUCGACCGUCGUGCAGAAGUUCUUCUCCAACCGCCUUCUUAUGUGGUUAUUCCCACAUAUCCUCACGCUCUAUCUCAUUCACGGCCUUGUAUUCUGGAGCCUCGGGGCCGCCAUCUGUGUCCAUCUGGCAGCACACAAUGUGCCCUACUGGGCCAAUAUGUUGGUUGUGGCCAUCUGCACGUACAGCGUGAUCUUCGGAUGCCUGCCGUUGCUGACACCUAUUCUGGAAGGACUCGGCAAGAGCAUCACGCAAAAGAUCUGGCAAGACGCGAGCUCGAAGCCGCCGCCCAGGAGGAAAACACUAUAUCCUUUCAGUCCAGAGAUGUUCCAGGGAAACGGCCCGGACGGCGAGGCGAUGGAUGACGUGGAGAGUCAAGCUGUAAAAGAGAAGAAGUAG